GCCCUACGCUUGGAAGGACAUUGUCACCCCUGUCGGUUCGUCUCACAGCCCAGCCUGAUAGCGCUGACUUGAGAUGUCUUCAAAGUUCUACCUUCCUCGGGGCUGAGUACCUGCGUCGACGUUGAUUGUCAGCCUUCACGCCACAGCCAGCUCCGAUAUGAUCUAUACGACUCCGCCAAUACUGCAACAACGUUGUAAAGGCCGGAGACAUGUCGCACUCAUCUACGGACCCAUUACAGCACUCGAGUAUCCAGACUUCAUGGAUGCCAAUACCCAACGACGAUAUCUCUGGACUAGUCGAGGAAUCUAGAGAGAUGACACAAGAAACAGACGAUGCAGUAUCGCCGCGCAAUGCUGAGGAACAAGGUCUUCUCAAAGCAGAUGUUUUCGCGUCGCACCAUCAGUCUAUUUCAUCUACGUCGAGCCGGCUUUCUGUGAGCAAGGCACUAAGAGCUGUAAAUUCAGAAGAGCCCGGCCACUUCAACUUGGAUGAGAGCAAGAGCCACACGCCUGCCUCCUGGCUACCCUAUACGCUCAGGCGCUCCUACCUAGCUCUUUUGGCUAUCUCAGCACUGGUUCUCGCCAUCGUUCUAGCGGCGUUAUCUGCCUACUCCACGCACCACUAUGGUCUCAGGACGGACGAUGGCUCUGUCGGUGUGUACAUCGCUAGACGAUACGUGCCGACUAUUAUUGCAGUCCUGUUUACAUUGGCUAUCACUAUGAUAGCCGAAGAUGUGAAACGAACGGAAGCAUUUGCACGUCUAGCCAGCCCUAAGCCUAUUACAGCAGACCAUACUCUGUUCUACAUACCCAAGGUAUGGUGGAAAAGUGUAUUCCACGGACUGUCUCUGAAACGAAGUGGCGGACACAGAAGCUGGCUCUUGAGUCUUUCAUCUCUCGCCGCUGGGAUCAGCGUUCUCGUCAUCUCUACUUUCUCUUCCUCGGUCUUCGUCACGAGAGAAGUAAUGCUCCGCACGAAUACCCAACUCCAAAAAUACAUGCCCCAGCAAAACGGGUCGAUUGUGCUUCUACCAAGACGCGACACAUACACUCGAACUAUAAGUGGUUUUCUCUAUAACGCCUCUACGUCCCUAUGGGUAUCGGACUCGCACGUUGUGCUCCCAUUCACUACACCAAGCACAGGUACCACCCCCUCGGUUCUCCAAGAUGGCAUGUGGCAAGCUAAGACAAAAGUAUUGAGGCUGGAGUCGACUUGUACUUCGAUGACUUUGACGGAUAAAACUGAUAUCAACAUUACUUUCUCAUCCGCCGGCAGUACUGGGUGCAAUGGAACCUGCUCCAUGCAAUCCAGAGGUCUCAAGCUUCGAUCAGAGGAUGGCUGCGAGAUUCAGCUUCAAACUCCCAUUGCUCCAUCGGUAGAAAACUCUGAUGGCUAUGUAAUAUCGAAUCCCAUCGACGGCUACUUCACUGACAUCUUGGCGCUGCAAGGUGGAAUGAUGUGGACAAACUUGUCCUCGUCCUACGUUUCAUGGCAGAGUCUGGUCAAAGAGCAUGGACAAGAUCCACCUAUUGACUCAAGUGGUGGUGCUGUGCUCGACCAAUGGAGGCGAACAUUCAUAUACGGAUUCUCGGAUCAAUGUCAGAGCAGAGAUUUGCUAUUCGUAUCACCGCCAUGGUUCCCCGAGCGGAUUGUAGGCAAACCGCUUUCCUGGCAGGAAGAGUAUUGGGCAAAUUUUACGGCACGAGCGGAACUUUGUACUCCAAAGUACACCGCAGCUGACAUACCAGUAACUGCGGUUAUUGGAGGUGCCUCUCCACGAGUCUUCUUUGAUGACAAGGAGUUCGAACGUCAUGGAAAACCUGUACCAAAUGGGUUACUAGAUUUCGGUCGUCUGAAUGACCUCGCUUUCGGUACAGCCUGGCUCAGAUACUUUCCCGCCCCGGCUGGAGAUUCGGACGUUGAAGGGUUCGAGGGUGUGUCGAUGCUCCUCGCGAAGACCUUCUCCCUCAAGAUGGCAAACCUGCUAUCAAACAGUACGCUGUCGUCUGAGGCAAGCAGACUGAGGGCUCGCUUCUUUGGGGAGCUAAUUUCGUCUUCUGUAUUGGAAGCAGACGUACCAGCCGUCGACGAUGUUGCUGGUGAAUCUCUAAAGUCGGAGAGUCGAAUCGUGGUAAUCCCAGGAGUUGCUAUUGCACUUGCGGUCCUGUUAUUCCUAGCGGCGUGUUACUCCUUGGCCAUGCUUUGGUACGCUUCAAACCAACGCAGGCCUCUUAACCUUAAUUCGGACCCUGCUGCCCUUGCAGGAGUUAUACCGCUAACGAAUCUUGCGUCGCCACUCGCUGCUGACCUAAGGACUUGGAUGGACCACGACCGCACAGACAUCCAGAUGAAGAUAGGACAUCAAGUAUAUAGCUUGCAAGGUGGUCCAAUCAGGGAGCAGGACCUGGGAGCUGAAGAUCGUUUACGAAGAACCAUCACUGCCAGUGCCAAAGGACCGUCCUGGUUGCACAAGCGCAGGUCGAAAGGAUCUUCGAGGCCCGAGUGGAGACCGGCAAUGCUUCACAAGACAUGGCUUUUCGUCCUAUUGUUUGGCUUCGUUGCCAUUGCAACAGCAAUGUUGGUCCUACGCAAGUUCGCCGACGAGGAAACCUUGUUCCAGACAGCCUUCGUCCAGCAAGUCAACCUGAGCCUUUUCCAUGUUAGCUUUUCACCACACUCGAUCAUUGCCACCUUGGUUGCUGUUACAGUUGGGCUUUGCUGGGACAGCAUCGACAAGUCAAUGCGUACACUUCAACCAUAUCUGGCAAUAUCGAGAGAACCCUCCGAACCUUCACGUGGUAUCUCGAUCACAUAUGAGUCUUCGUACUGGAUCUGGGCAGCUGUUAAGUCCGCCAGAUCCAAGCACUGGAUUCUCUGUUUGAUCACAAUUGGGACGACCUUAUCGCAGAUAUUCGUUAUCGCCAUGGCAGCAGUUUUCGAACAACACACCGUCAUACAUACGCAAGCCACACAGGACAUGGAUAUUAUGACAACUCGCUCGUUGAUAACAAGGCAAAAGCCUUUCAAUUUCGGGAUUGGGCUAAGCAAACGCCCCUUCUAUCUAACCGAUAGCUUGCUAGGAACCUCCGAUACAGACUGGUUAUAUAACGCGUUGGACGACAUCACCCUGAGUACCACUGCACUUCCAUGGACCAGAAACGAGUGGGUGUUCACCCCUGUAAAUGUGACGAACCGGGACGAUCCAAGCAUGCUAUAUGUGGUGACUGCAGACCAAAGUGAGGCUCGGAACGAUGCUGCGUAUAUCACGUCUUCCUUCAAUGUCUCACUUACCACCUCGGCACUCCGAAGUCGACUGGAAUGUGAACCAGUCACUGUGUCAGGUUCAGGAUGGUUAGACAGGGUACAAGCCGUUUACCCAAACAGAUUCGACAAGUCCGUCACUGGCCAUGUGCUUCCCAUGACGAUCUUACCGAACAAAGACUUCGCUGUGCCAGUCUUCAGCGCGCCGCGAAGGAUGGCAUGUUGCACCAACGGCACCGAUCAAGGAAAGCAGUCAAUCGUCGCUUACUGGUCCAGCAACAACACGGUGUACGACGAGCAGCCAUCCAUUCCGGCUGAUUUAGAUGAACCUUCUGACCUUAAGGUACCCAGUGGAUGGACCAAAGACUUUGCGAUCAAAUGGAUCGUUGGUCCAGCAGCAUCAAUGAUCGUGCCUGGAAGCGAACCGAACUUCAUCAGCAACACCAUCGGCACCGCCAACGAGACGGUUCUCUAUUUCGUUGAAGAACCGCAGAUAUCAAUCAUGAGAUGCAAUCCCAUCAUCGAACAGGCGAAUGCCAAUAUCACGUUUGCGCGUGAUACAAGCCAGAUCCUCAACUACGAGCUUCUCGAGGCUCCACAGCCAGCUGUUGGUGCCUGGGACUACGCGUAUGACGUAGUAUAUAGUAACCCAGGGUCGAACUCUUCCCGCGGAAACGUCAGCUACGGUACCUUCUUUUUGUCCCAGCUCUUGACCGCUUCACACAUUGUGGAACCUCAGAUGCGAUCAAGCAUGAUGGUUCUGAACCACACCAUUGAGAACCUCGCUGCCGAACGCUUCGCCUUACGCGACACUGAUAAGGGUACCAACAUGGACUACAUGUCCUAUGCCAAUUUCGUGCUUGCGAACAAAGAUCCGACUGCGCUCUUGAACACCACCCUUCUACAGCAAUAUUCGGAGACGACCUUCCAGACUUUCUUCAAGCACUUUGUCACUACGGCCAAUUGGACUUAUGGCGACGCAAGUUCUGUCUCUAGGGCUGCAUACGAAGAACUUUGGGGUUACUACAAACAAACGGAAAAGUUUAACGGGACUAUUACGGAGCGCAUCGAGAUCUUAAGCAUGAACAAGGUGGCGACAUGGCUCUCGCUGACCAUUCUGUUCCUGCUCAUGACCAUUCUGGUCACACUGGUUGCAACGCUUCAGAUGGACUAUCCAAGCACGUCUAUGCUGCGCCACGUAGAGUGUCUGGCCGACGUUCUAGCGAUGAUUGCGGGGAGCGACGAGCUGGUUCGUUCGGUGAACGAACUUGGUGUAGAGGGAAUGGAGAAAGCUGGGAUGAAGACGAGAUUGGGAUGGUUCAGAGAUAAGAGAGGUACUGUGAGGUGGGGUGUUGAGGUUGUUGAUGGGAAAGUAGAAUGGCUCAAUGGGCCUGAAGCGGAAGGGAAGGAUGAACAGACGGAGAAUCCUGCAGGGUGAUUAGUAUCGAGAACCGUCGAACAGGCGACCCACAACAAUCGAAGCACACAAUGCG